AAGAUGGCGGCGCCCAGCCUGCCCACGCCGCUGCACGGGCAUGUGGGCCGGGGCGCCUUCCGCGACGUGUACGAGCCCGCGGAGGACACGUUCCUGCUGCUGGACGCGCUGGAGGCGGCGGCGCCCGAGCUCAGUGGAGUGGAAAUCUGCCUUGAAGUUGGUUCAGGGUCCGGAGUGGUGUCAGCAUUUCUGGCAUCUCUGAUUGGUCCUCAGGCUUUAUACAUGUGCACUGACAUCAACCCUGAGGCCGCAGCUUGUACCCUGGAGACAGCACGCUGUAAUCAGGUUCAUCUGCAACCCGUAAUUACGGAUUUGGUCAAAGGCUUGCUACCGAGAUUAAAGGAAAAAGUUGAUCUUCUGGUGUUUAACCCCCCUUAUGUGGUGACUCCACCUGAAGAGGUAGGAAGUCAUGGGAUAGAGGCCGCCUGGGCUGGUGGCAGACAUGGUCGAGAAGUUAUGGACAGAUUCUUCCCCCUGGCUCUGGAUCUCCUUUCACCAAGAGGCCUCUUCUACUUGGUCACCAUCAGAGAGAACAACCCAGAAGAGAUUUUGGAAGCAAUGAAGACCAAAGGUCUGCAGGGGACCACUGCCCUUUCCAGGCAAGCCGGCCGGGAGUGCCUCUCGGUCCUCAAGUUCACCAAGUCCUGACGGCCAGUGUAUGUCCUAGAUGGUGGCAGAUGGAGCAGAUAAUGUAUUCUAUUGAAUACGUACACGAGUAUAUCGAUAAGCUGACAUUGAAUGUUUUGAUUCGAUUUGGGGGCUUUGUUUUCUUGUUUUUAUUUUGGGGAUGGGGGGGCCACACACCCUGAGGUGUUCAGGACUUACUCUUGUCUCUGUGCUCAGGGAUCACUGCUAGCAGACUUGUGGGACCAAAUGGGGUACCAGGGAUCGAACCCAGGUCUGCCCCUCGCAAGGCCCUGCCUUGUGGUGCUGUCUCUCUGGCUCCUGACGAGUUGACAUUUAAUUUAAUUUGAAAUAGAAGUCAUUUCUUGGUUGAUGAAAGUGUGUUGUAAUAUAGAAAAAGAUGCAAGAGGAUUCUCUUUCACCUGGGAAUCAGGCCUACAAAAAUACUUGUAUCAAAAAACAAAUACAUAUGUGUGUGUGAGUGUGUGUAUGUAAUUGUUAUUUAUAUGUAAAAUACAAAUAAAAAAUUAAUUUCAGUAUUACCUGUUAAGGCAAAAUAAUGAAAUAAACUUAAGUGUCUCUAAAGAAGUUAAUAAAUGAUAGUACAUCCGUGAACAGAACACGAGUGACAUAUCCAGGCACUUACAUACUUGUAUCAGGUCUGUAGAUACUGAACCAGAGGGGCAUAUGAUGUAUUACCAAGUAUAAAAGAACAAUAUUAUGCUGUAAAUAUACAUAUAUUUUUAAAUUAGGUAUUAUGCUGUAUAUAUGUAUUUCUUAAAAAUCAGCGAGGUCUGUGUUAUGUGUAUUUAAGAUGAUCUCAUUAUAGUGAGGAUGGAGGAAUGUUCAAAUUUGGGGGAGGGGGUAGUAUUUGCACAGUAACAUUUGCAUGAAAUUUUCAUAUUUUUUACUGGAAAGAAUGUUUCCACAAACUGAAGUGCUCCCACCAUGGCAGAGGUGGGUGACAGGUGGGUUCCUGAGACAGUGCAGGCAGGAAGCAGUGAUGGACAGAACACUGUGAGCUUUAUAAAGCCAUCAUUAGCAGUAUUGUAAGUCACAGUGCCUCAAGGAAAACUGUAAAAUAAAAAUUUAUUUUUAAUGGU